AUGAAACAUAAAACUCAAUGGUCAUUAUCAUUAAUUUCGCCAAUCCUUUUUUUUAUCUUGAUUACUAAUUCUUUUGCUGAAUAUCAACCUCAUGAUAAUAAAUUAAAAGAGACUUUAACAAUUAAGCCACUGUCUGAUGGCAAGCUAUUAACACAUUUUCAAUUUAGUGUUAGACUUAACAGUGUUGUUGAAGGCAAAAAGUUCAACCAUUACAACUUUUUUCCACGUGCUAUUGGUCAAAUUAUACAGAGUUUCAAUGUACGUGAAUUACACCUAACGUUUACACAAGGGCGUUGGAACUAUGAAGAUUGGGGAUAUCCUUUAUCACCUUCAGCCGGAACAGGACUUUUUUGUGCAUCUUUAAAUUUUAUUGAUGAUACCAUCACAGUUCAACCCAGAUUAUCAUUUCGCCCAGAAGGGUUUUAUAAUGAUACUGAAUUAUCAGAACGGGCAGAACUAAGAUAUGGAUCAUUACCUCAUGAAAAUGUGUGUACCGAAAAUCUCACACCUUGGAUCAAACUUUUACCAUGCAAAUCAAUGUCUGGCAUAGCUUCAUUAUUGAAUGGACACAAACUAUAUGAUUCCAAUUUUCAUUCAAUGUCAAUUCAUGUAAAACCAAUAUGUGAGGAUUUGAAAUGUGCUAAUAAAAGUUUGGAAAUUGUUCUAGCUUUAUCCACAGUUGUAGAUCCAGUUAGAAAUUCUGGGAAAAGAGACUGGUCUUUAAGUCAAAUAUUUGGUAGACUGUUUACUGGUGCUUGUCCAUUGGCUAAAGAAAGUAAAUUGGAGUUAAUUUUACCAGAAAAUGGAGAUUAUAAAAUCACACCAGAAAGUAACGAUAUAGUUAGAAGAAGAAAUGAAGGAGAAUCCAACAUAAGGAAUAUUGCAAUUUAUAAUUUGAAAAAUGCUUUACUAGAUAAUGAAUUAUCAAUGACUUGGAAUGAGGAGACAUUUGAAUAUAAUAUUGAUUCAAUACAGCCUCGUGUCUUUGCACAUCGUUACUUUACAGGGUAUGGGCAAGAAAGGGGUGGUAUUAAAGUUAAUAUAUUCAAUAAAAGUCCAAAAUAUUCUGUUCCAGUUAUAUAUUAUGAUGUUAUUCCUUGGUAUUUGAAAUUAUAUCUACAUACUCUUAAAGUUCAAGUCAAUGGAAAAGAUUCAGUUGAAGGUGGAGAUAAUCCAAUAAAAGUUCUUUAUUAUCAACCAGCUGUUGAUAGAUCUAGACCCAAUGUUAUAGAGGCAAAAUUAUUAUUACUGCCAAAUUCUUUAACAACGUUAUCAAUAAAUUUUGACAAAGUAUUUUUAAAAUAUACAGAACAUCCACCAGAUGCAAAUAGAGGAUUUGACAUAGGUUCAGCAGUAUUAUCAACCUCAACGGAUACAAAAACAAAUGAAUUGAAUAAUUUAAAUAAUAUUAGAAAUUGUACACUAAACACCAGGGAUUCAUGUAAUAAUAAUUUUUCCAUUAGAAUUUAUACAGAAACACUUUUAGUUAGUCUUCCUACACCAGAUUUUAGUAUGCCGUAUAAUGUAAUAACAUUGACUUGUACUGUUAUUGCACUCUUUUUUGGUAGCAUGUUCAAUUUAAUGACAAGACACUUUUUAGCAUUGAAACAAGAAGUUGAACUGAAAGAUAAAACUGAUUAA